AUGAAUCUUGGUUUCGUUGUUCCUCUGGCCGACCAGCCGGAACAAUGCUACAACGCAAUCACGCCGCACAGCAUGAAGUCCAGCAAGGUCUGCGGCGCUUCUGGCGCUUUCCUCUUGCUUGGAGGUUGGGCUGGUGUCAUGUGGGUCUUCCUGCGAUCGUUGUCCCUACAUCUCCAGAUCUGCUGGCAAGUCGUCGUGGGUCGAAACUUCAUGAUCUUUGCACAAGCCACGGGCUGGGGCAUUCCCCUCAUUGGCAUCGUCGUUGCGCUCGUCUUCAGCGGCGUCUCGUUCCGCUUCGGUGCCACCUGCCAUAUCAAUCAUAAGAACAGUCUCGCAGACUUCUGGAUUCCUCUUUUGGUCUUUGCUGGCCUCACAGUCAUCAUCCAGUUCGCCACCUUUGGAUACUGCAUCAAGGUUUACCUUGCCUCGUUGGCCGACAACAGUGCAUCGACUGAAGGAUCAAGCCUCCCCACAUACACCAACAGCAUUCAGACCAUGAGCCCCCGCCAGGCGUAUCGACGAGUACGACGCGUCAUCCAACUCCAGUGGAGAGGCAUCGCCAUUGUCCUGAUUAUUAUCGCCGACGUCGUCUUCUUCUCUGUCGUGUUUGUCUUUCAGGACAACACGGUCCAGGCAGUACACGACGACCAGAGCAAGGCUCAGGAUUGGGUUUUAUGCCUCAUCGGCGCCAAGGGCGAUCGAACCAAAUGCUAUGACCAGGCCAAGUCACUGGUUGUCAACGAGGCAACCAUCACGGCCGUCUUGAUUCUUCUUGCGAUGAACGGAAUCUGGCUGCUGUUCCUACUAGGCCGCUGGGCUAUGGUCCUCGGAUGGGUAGACCUAUUCUCCUCCUGCCGAGGCAGAAACAAGGAGUUCGUGUCGGUGGAUGCCCGAUACGAUGUGAAGAAAGAUACCCCGGACGAAGAACCCCGAUUACUUUGGGCAAACGGCUCGCUACCAGCCGCCGAUGCGGUCUUUUUCGAGCCCUCGGCCGCCGCAAACACCGCCGACCUGGGACGCACGGGCAACCUACGCCCGGCCCGAGUCACGAGCCCGAGGGACGGGUUCGAAGACAUGAACCCACUUGGGAUGAACAGGAUAUAA